AUGGCGGCGUCCAUCGUCGAUGAAAACAUUGGCGAAAGUCCCUCAGAAGAUUCUUCCAUCCCAGUUUUAACAGAUCCUCCUGACGAUGUUUGUUGUCCGGAACUAUCCGACGAACUGCGUGAGUACGUGGUGGGCUUCAUAGAGAAAGAGGUGGGUAGCGACGUCAAAUCUCUGAGGAACGUUGACAGUCUGCUGGAGAAAUUAAAAGAGGGGAACCGCAUAUUAGAAGAACAGGUGUUGACGUCACCCAGCUCUGUGCCUCCUAAAGUGUCCGCAGCCCUGAAAGCUGCUGAAGAUGCUCAAUGUUCUAUGGAGGAGCUCCUGCAAAAAGAGAAACGCAUCUCCGCAAAACUCCAACAGAACCUCCAGGAUGCUCAGCCGUGGAUGGAAGCUCUCACUCAGAAGAUGAGCCAAGUGGAGAUAGUGGAGAAACACAUGAAGUACCUACGCUGCCUUCAGCACAUUGAAGAGCUCAGCGCUGUCGUCCAGCAGUGUCUGAUGACCAGCAGUGUGUGGGACGCCAUCAGGGCGGUGGAGAGCAUGGCGAAGAUGGACGCCGGCUUGAGUCAAUCCAAAUGCGCUCACUUGCGUGACUUCCUUAGAGAAACUCUUCACUUCUGGCACAAGAUCAUUAAGGAUCGGCUGACGGGAGAUUUAGAGAAGGUGUUGACCGCGCUUCACUGGCCCAUCACAUCCCCGCCCACCCAAUCCCUCACGCCUGUUGCCAAUGGGCAAGAGCUGGCCAGUCAACUGGAGCUGCUCGUCACACAACUGCUGGCGCUGCAGACAUCUGAUGACCUCAUCUCUCAGAGGACGUCGCCUCCCUCUAAAGAAGAAAAAGCACGAGAUCCUCCGCUCUGCUUGCCCAUCCAGAUCAUGCUGGUACCACUCAGCAAGAGGUUCCGAUAUCACUUCUACGGCAAUCGUCAAACCAACACGCCCAGCAAGCCGGAGUGGUACCUGACUCAGGUGCUGAUGUGGAUUGGGAAUAGCACACCGUUCAUGGAGGAAAAGAUCCAACCUAUCCUGGACCGAGCGAAUGCCAACAUCAAUGCCAAGGUGGAGUUGUGUCGAGGUCUUCUAACUUUAGUCCAGGAAAAGGUAGCGGGUGAUGCCUCGCGCCUUCUUUACGACGAUGCUCUCUUCUGCCACCUCGUAGAAGAGGUGCUGCAAUUCGAGAAGGAACUUCGGGGAAACUACUCGUACCCGGCGCCGCUGCCCGGUCUGCUCCAUUUGUUGCUGGAUGACGCCGUUCUCCAGAAGUGGCUCACCGUGGAGAAGAAGACUGCGGUGGAAAAGGUGGACGCCAUGUUGUCGGCCGAGGGAGCGUGGAGCUCUCAGUACAAAGACAUCCGAGACAUGGAUGAGCUGAAGUCUCCGGAUUGCGCAGAAACCUUUAUGACGUUACUCCAAGUCAUCACCGACCGCUACCGGGCAUUACCUUGUUCAUCCGCUCAGCUGAAAUUUCUGGAACUACAGAAAGAACUGGUGGACGAUUUCCGCAUUCGACUCACUCAGGUGAUGAAGGAGGAGUCCCGUUGCCCGCUCAGCCCACGUUAUUGUGCCAUACUUAACGCCGUCAACUACAUUUCCACCAUUUUGACAGACUGGGGAGACAAUGUGUUUUUCCUGCAGCUCCAACAAGCAGCCGUCUCGCUCGGUGACGAAGCGGUAGUGGGAAACCUCGGGGUGAUGGAGAUGGGUCGCCUGGCUUCUCUAGAGAGCUCGCUGUUCGAAGGACUGCUAGCGUUACUAGAUCGACUCAGAAAUGACAUGAUUGGACGACUACUAGACGGUAUCAUGAGGGACAUUACGGAAAAAACCAAAGUGUACAGCCAAGAUAGGUGGUUUUCUCAUCCGUCCCAACACGACAUGUCCACUAUGUCUUUGUCCAGUUCUGCGUGUCCCAUGAUGCUUUGUAUCAGAGACUGUCUGUUGAAUCUGAACCAGGUUUUAAGUUUGACUCUCUUCCAGCUAGCUUGGCAGGGCCUUGCAGAAAGAUUAGACACAUUUCUCUACCAGGAAGUGAUUCUGUCCAAUCAUUUCAGCGACGGAGGCGCAGCUCAGCUUCAAUUCGACAUGACCAGAAACCUGUUUCCGCUUUUUGGUCACUACUGCAAAAGACCCGAGAACUUUUUUAAACACGUGAAGGAAGCCUGCAUCAUCUUAUGCCUCAACGUGGGCUCUGCGAUCUUACUGAAGAACCUCAUCAAGGAGUCCGGUUUGCCAAACGGCGCGAGGGAUCGGUCGGGAAGCGGUGACCCGUCGCCGCAAUCGGCUUUGAACGAAUUGGGAGUUUACUACUUGGCGUCUAAUGAUGUAUUAAUACUCCUUAACCUCAGAGCCUCCUGGCCUGGACAGUGA